AUGCCCGACACAAGUCCGGCAUCGUCCGAGUUUGAGCUCGAAGACCGCGGCGAGCAUUGUCCGCAGCAGCUGCCGCCUGUGGAUGGCGGAAAAGAUGCAUGGCUCUUUCUCGCUGCGUCCUUCGUGAUUGAGGCCCUUGUCUGGGGCUUUCCAUUCUCAUUUGGCGUUUUCCAGGACUACUAUACGACUCAUGAACCAUUCGCGGGGAGCGGGAACGUUGCCGUCAUCGGUACUUGUGCUAUGGGAAUCAUGUAUCUGGACCUGGUCUUGGUGUUCUCACUGCUCAAGAUGUGGCCGAGUUACCAGCGCUGGGCGACAUCGGGCGGCCUGGUCGUCAUGUGUCUGGCUUUAGCACUGAGUUCGCUGUCGAACAAGACUUCGGAGCUCAUCGUUUCGCAAGGCAUCAUCUACGCCAUCGGCGGUAGCUUUACCUACUCUCCAUGCAUAUUGUACAUGGACGAGUGGUUUAAUAAACGCAAAGGUCUCGCAUACGGCAUCAUGUGGGCCGGCACCGGCCUUGCAGGCGUCAUUCUUCCCCUCGUCAUGGAAUGGAUGCUGCGCGAUUACGGUUUCCGCACCACACUGCGCGUAUGGGCAAUCUGCCUAUUCGUGCUCACCGCGCCACUGUUGUACUUCGUCAAGCCACGCGUUCCCAUUGCGCCAAAACAACAAGCGCGCAAGAUCGACUUCACCUUCCUCAAAACAUCAACCUUCACCAUCCAUCAGGCGUGCAACACGAUCGAGGCCCUUGGUUUCUUCCUCCCCUCGAUCUACCUACCCACAUAUGCGCGCAGCAUCGGCGCCUCCGGCACUCUUAGCGCGCUGACCGUCAUCCUCUUCAACGUCGCCUCGGUCUUUGGCUGCGUGGCCAUGGGCUCCAUCGUCGAUCAAUGGCACGUCACAACCUGCAUCCUCAUCUCUACCAUCGGAACGACCCUCUCCGUCUUCGUUGUCUGGGGCUUCUCCAUGUCCCUUGCACCCCUCUACGUCUUCUGCCUCAUCUACGGCUUCUUCGCGAGUAGCUUCACUAGCGCGUGGCCGGGCAUCAUGCGCGACGUGACAAAGAAGCGCGAGACCGCUGAUCCAAGCAUUGUGUUUGCUUGUUUGGCCGCGGGGAGGGGCAUUGGGAACGUGGUAAGUGGGCCACUGAGUGAGGUGUUGAUUAGAGGGCUACCGUGGAAGGAUAAUGUAGGCUUUGCGUACGGCAGUGGGUAUGGUACCUUGAUUGUUUUCACGGGGGUUACGGCGCUAUUGGGCGGAUCAAGUAUCCUGGGCAAGCGCCUGGGCUGGGUGUAG